AUGACAAUCGUUGUUCUAGAUGAGGGUGUUAUCACCCCGUGCAAUGAGCUUGGUCAAGCAAUAAAUGAUGCAGAUGAUCUCUUGGGUGGCUUCCUUAGAGGUUUAGGGUCCGACUAUUCUAAAUUUCCUAUGUGUUACAAGUCACGGUGUAAGAUUCCAGAGGAAAUAGAGAGGAUUGAAAGUCUGGAUAGCUCGUCUAUGCAAAUUUCAGAAGUUGAGUCACUUGCUCAAGUGCUAGGAAAAGAGCAUGUUGGUCGAGUCCGAGGAGUGGGUUAUGGGCCGACACCUACUCAAGUAUUUGGCAAAAAAACCUAUCAAUUUAAUGGUGUAUCUUCAAAUAAGCUUUUCGAGAUCAUGAAAUUAAGGAGAUGA